AUGACGAUUCUCGUCACGACCGUCGGGCACGCCUUCUGGUUCGCAACCCCCGAAAAUGAGUGGAAACAACUUUUCUGGGAUUACCUUCCAAGAUGGCUUCUUGUCGACGAUCCAAAAGCACUGGCAGGAUAUUACAAGGGUGAAUCCGAUCUCUCCACACUGGAUAUUCUCAGCGUUUGGGUAGUACCGACGCUAUCCUGGGCAGCGUUCAUGACGGUCCUGGUGCUCGUGAUGUUGUGUAUCAACGUCAUCUUGCGGAAGCAGUGGGUGGAACGCGAACGGCUCGCCUAUCCGAUCACGCAGAUUGCGUUUCAUGUUACCCAUAACACGAAAUCGCUGUUUUCACAUCGCAUCACAUGGCUCGGAUUCGGAAUUGCGGCAUCUAUUGCGAUUCUUAAUGGCUUUAGUUUUCUGUAUCCGACACUUCCUACCUUACCGAUUAAGCGGAUCGGUGGCUGGCGCGGGUUUGGAGACCUGUUCACAGAAAAGCCGUGGAACGCGAUCGGUGGCAUCAGUAUGUCUUAUUACCCGUUCGUUAUCGGACUUGGAUUGUUGAUGCCGCUCGACCUAUCGUUCUCCAGUUGGUUUUUCUUUAUUUUCUACAAGGCACAAUUAGUUUUCACAAGUGCCGCUGGGUUGUCAAGUCUGCCGGGAUUUCCCUAUAUUGAUAGACAAUGUUUCGGUGCCGCCAUCGGGAUUUUCAUUUCUGUCGUAGUGCUGAACCUUCGCCAUUUUCGCGGUGUCCUCCGCAUCGCACGUCACCACACAGGCGAGGAUGCCGACGAACCGAUUUCCUAUAGGCUUGCACUUUGGGGUAUCGUUGUUGGACUCGCACUGCUCUUUAUUUUUUCCAAGCGUAUCGGUAUGUCCCUCUGGCUGAUCCCGCUGUUUUUCGCAAUCUAUUUUAUCAUCGUCUUAGUGCUAACGCGGAUGCGUGCGGAGCAGGGAUUUCCUGUGCAUGCGAUGGAAAACAUGCCGAAUCAUCAUAUCCUCGUUGACGGUUUCGGCACACGGAUAUUAGGCACGAACAACCUCGUUGCUCUGACGCUCUACCGCUGGUUCAAUCGGAGUUACACGAGCAACCCAAUGCCACAUCAGUUAGAGGGCUUCAAGCUUUCGGAACGCUCUGAAAUUGCACCGAGGCGGUUGUUCUUCGCUUUGUUAGGGGUUUCAGCGUUCGCUGCCGUAAUGGUGUUCGGCGUUAUCCUCUAUAUCUUCUAUACCUAUGGUGCUUUGAACAUGAGUGGUGGCAGCGGUUGGGCAACCGGUUUCGGUGGGCGCGUCUUCAACGGACUCCAACGUUGGAUCUAUUAUCCCACGGAGCCGAAUCUCUACGCCACUGGCGGUAUCGUGUUUGGCUUACUCUUUUCGACGCUCUUGAUGUUUAUGCGGGCGCGUUUCUUCUGGUGGCCCUUCCAUCCGAUCGGGUUCGUUGUCUCCAGUGAUUGGGGCAUGCGAUAUUUGUGGAGUUGUAUGCUGGUGAGUUCGAUUAUCAAGUGGGCGGUCUUGAAGAUGAGUGGACCGCGUGCCUCGCACAGCAGUUGGUAA